AUGGCUAGUAGUGAAGCAACUCGGCGUCGACGAUUUGUUUACUUAGAGAAGGGCGCGUCUUUCAAGAUACCAAAGUCCACUCUGUCUCGGUGUAAGAAGGCUGUGCCAAGCGGGAACCAAUCAGCAACAGCCGGUUCUCCCGUCUAUGAUGUCCCCAGCGAUGGUGACGAGCUCGAGAGUGACUGUGAUUCCUGCAGCAGUGACCCUCAGUCGAGAAUCACUGCGGAAGACGCUGACUCUUCAGAGAGUAACGGAGAGGAGACUAUGACUCACCAGUCACAUGCAGAUUCUUCAACCUUUUGGGAACAGACCGAGCAACCACCACAUAUGAGUGAAGAACAUGCACUGGCAGCAGGCUUACGAGCUUUUGGAACCCAAACUCUGCCCCAUUCGACAACUACCAAGGCAGCAGCUGUUGCGAUGAUUAUGGCGUUUGUGGCUGGUGAAGCCUUAAGCUGGCAGGGCCUUGACAACCUUCUUUUGAUGGUCAAUGCAUUCUUUGCUCCAGAGCAGUCUGUGCUCCCACAAAGCAAGUACCUGUUCCGAAAGCUGUUUGCAGCCGAGGCGGAGUCCGCAGCUGUACGACAUUUCUACUGCCGGUCAUGCAAUGAUCUCUUGGAGGUUUCCGCUGAAGAUGGCGUCUGUCCCACCUGCGAGACGUCUAGCAACCUCAAAGAUGCAAAGAAAGAUGGGGCUUUCUUCGUUGUUCUAGACAUCGGCAAGCAGCUGAAUCAUGUCAUUCAGAACAACAAAGCAGCCCUUCACGAAAAGCUGAACCAGAUUGCCAGUGACCGGGGUGCUACCACCAGUGUCAUCGGUGACAUCACUCAAGCCAAAGCGUACAAGAAUCUGCAGUCAUCGGGGACCCUGGGGGACAGUGACCUCACGUUGACAGUGAACACUGAUGGAAGCCCCGUAUUUACAUCUUCCGGUGCAUCCGUCUGGCCCAUUCAGUUCACUGUCAACGAGUUGCCAGUGCCUCAACGAUUCCAGGUUUCAGUGCUUGCUGGACUUUGGUUUGGGAAGGGACACCCCAACAUGACUUUGUUUUUUGGAAAGUUUGUAGAGGGUGUCAAGAGCAUGCAACCCGUCCCCUGGCAGCAUGAAGGCACACAGCACUCGUCUAGAGCGUACAUCUUGUGCUGCUGCGUGGAUGCCCCCGCACGCGCAUCUGUGCAGAAUAUGGUACUGUUCAACGGGUACUACGGGUGCCCAUGGUGCCUAAUCAAGGGAGAUUACGUUGAUGGUACGUAUCUAUCUGACCUUUGGAUGUAAACGUUCUACCACUGCAAGUUUUGUAUAGUCAUUUCAACCUCAUUUUCAGGGAGCCUCAGAUUCCUCUCCUUUGAGGAUGCACGUGGGAGGACGUCAGCAGGUGUCCUACGGGACAUGAAGGUGGCCCUGGAGUCCUCCUUGGUCAUCAACGGCUACAAGGGUCCGUCUCCAGCCGUGAGCCUUCCAGACUUUGACCUGGUGUGGGGGUUCACGGUGGAGUACAUGCAUGCUGUACUCCUGGGCGUCAUUCGCCAGAUCACGGAGAUGCUGCUGUCGUCUGUAAACUCCAACGAGCGGUUCUACAUAGGCAGCCCCUCCUCUGUUGCUGCACUAGACAGGCGCCUGCUUUCCAUCACGCCUCCCCACUGUGUCACAAGGCUGCCGAGGUCCCUGGCAACUCGCACCAACUGGAAGGCGUCCGAGUGGAGGCAUUGGCUCCUUUACUACUGUCUCCCAUGUACACUUGGGAUCCUUCAUCCAAGGUACUGGAGCCACCUGGCCAAGCUUGUUGAAGGAGUGCACCUUCUCCUGAGAGAGGAGCUCACUUCGUCCUCAAUUGACCGUGCAGAUGCUCUACUGCGGACCUUUGUAGCCUCCACAGCGACACUGUACAAGGAUCAAGCCAUGACGUUCAACAUUCACCAGAUGCUCCACCUGGCAGAGGCGGCUCGGCAGAUGGGGCCGCUCUGGGGCCACUCUGCCUUUGUAUUUGAAAGUGGAAAUGGCCGCCUAGUAAAGCUUGUCACUGGCGCCAACGCAGUCCCCAGUCAGAUUGUGGAAAGGGUGUUCAUGGCACAACAGUUAGAUUCUUUCCUGGCCUCACCACUCGUGCCUGAUAGCGGCAAAGACGUGUGCCACAGAAUGCUGGGCUAUCCCAAGCUGGUCAACUUCGUUUCCAUAGGUGAUGUUGGCUUGCUUGGGUGCCCUAAAAAACUCGUUUUGUCUCCAGAAAUCAGGAUGGCACUUGCAGAGUAUGUUGAAGAGUGCCCUGCCCUUGCUGCCGAGUACCAGAGAUUUGUCCUCAAAGGGCAAAUCUUUCGCAGCAGGGCAAACAAAAAACUUCUGAAGUCUGACUCAUCUGUUAUCCAGACACAUGGCCUAGACUAUCGGGUUAUUCGAAAGAUCCUGUGUUUUCGGAACCAAGGUGCAAGCGUGUCGUAUGUUUGCGACCUGGCGAACAGCAUUGAACGGGAUUGA